AUGUCUUUCCUCAUCGCGCCAAGUCAGUGGGACGACUUUGAGCAACUCUUCGACAAGUUGGUGACAGACCGCUACGGGCCUCCCUCUGAGCGGCCCAAAGGGGCAAACGACUCGAAGGCGCUCAGCAGUACGGGCUCCCACUCGGUGAGCAGGAUCCAGAGGCCCAAGAUGGAUGUCGUAGAGACAGAAAAAUCGAUCGUGGUCACCACCGAGUUACCUGGCGCCAAGAAAGAGGAUAUCUCUAUCGAUCUCCACAACGGACGUUUGUCCAUCAGCGGUCACACCAAAGCCUCGAGUGAGCAUUCCGAGGGUAGCGUUAGGAUUUCUGAGAGAUCAUUCGGCUCCUUCAGUCGUUCCAUCGCCGUUCCACCAGGACUCACCCACGACCAGGUCAAGGCCGGCUUCAAGGAUGGUGUGCUCGAAGUGACCAUCCCUAAAAGCCUUCCAAACAAGGAAUCUCACAACAUCCCAAUCGCUUAG